AUGAGAAGUGAUAUUAACAGUUUUCUAGGAGAUAUUACAAAAAUUUUAACUGAUUUGGAAUUACCUGAAAGCGAUUUACAAACUUUAGUAAAAUUACGAGACCAAAGUUUGGAUCCAAACUCACGUCGAAAACGACGAAGUAGUCAGUCAAAAAAUGAUCCAAUCACUGCACAAAUAUGUGUUACUUGGGUAGAAAACCGUUGGGAUAACAGUUUCUGUUCGACCGUAGAUUUAACAAUAAAUUUUAUACAUUGCAAAUGCAAAAAACUGGGGCAUUUCACUGUUCUAAAGACGAAUGUCUCAGUAAAUAUAUCAUCUGUUCCAAACGAUGAAACAAUUUCAAUUUUUGACUUGGGUAAGAAUGAUUCUAAUCCACAAGUUAAUAUAAAUAACACAACUUCAGCACAUUUUACUGGAAUAACUAAUCCAGAUAGUAUGAAUGAAAAUACGGUCAUUUUGAAUUCAGUUACAACAACAGUGUAUAAUGCAAUUUCUGAAAAUGUAACUGAAAUGUCUAACAUUAAUAGAAACAAGACUGAAAAUUUAACAACAGUUACAUCAAACUCAAUUGGCUUUGACAAAAAAAUUUCGACAGCAAUAAAUUCUAAAAUUUCUAGUAAUUUGACUAAUAUUUCAGAAAGAGCAAACCAAAUUGAAACGAAUACGAAAUUUUUAAAUCAAAUACCUUCUGAAACUACUACCAUUCCAAUGGAACUAACUAACAGCAAUAUAGUUACAAACAGUGCUCAAAAUUUAAUAACAGUUAAAUCAAAUCAAAUUAAUAACGAUUCUUUUCCAAUAAACUCAAAUAAUAUUAUCAGAAACAAUGAUAUGACCAUUAAUGUAAAUAUUUAUAACGAUACAAAUAUAAUUGGAACUACUCCAACAAAUUUUAACCAAGAAAUUUCUACGAAUGUGACUUCAAUUGGCCAAAACGAAACUAUAAAUUCUACAUUGACAAAUACCGCUAUUCAAAAUUUACAAAAAACAGAUAAGGAUAUAAAUUUAUCUAACAAUAAUCAGACAGGUGUUGAAUCGUUAACUACAUCACAAACAGCUUUUGACUUACCAAAUUUUUCCUCGAAUGAAAGUGACAAAAUUUCUGGAACUACACAAAUCUCUUUGAUAACUACAAAUUUGGAUUUGAACACUUUACAAAAUUCUGUUAAACGUAAUAUAACAACACUCUUACUAAAUGGAACAUUAGACAAUACAAACGAUCAAAGAAGAUUCAAUAUUUCGACUUUAAAAUCAAAUAAUGUAAAUAAGGAAAAUGUAUUUAUUUCAGGUGCUACUUCGGUAUCAAAUAAUGGAAGUUCUAAUAUUGAUCAAUCCAGCAAUAGUGACAUAAACCAAAAUCAUUCGACCAGCUCAAACUCUAACCAAAAUAACAUUACUAAUAAUAAUAGUUCUAAUGUACAUGGUCAUGAAAACUUUGGUUUCGAUAAAUCAAAUAAUAGUGCAAUCUAUCAAAAACAACCGGGUAACAUUAAUGGCUCGAUUCAAUCUUUUUCUGACAGAACUUCGAAUAACAAGAAUGGAUCAAGCGUAUCAGACAAAGAAAACUCUGAUAUUGAUCAACGCAAUAAUAGCGCAAUCAAUCAAAAUCAAUUAGUGAACAAAAAUGGAUCACUUCUUUCGAAUUCUGGUGAAUCUACGAAUAACAAUAAUGGAUCAAAUUUAUCAGGUGUUGAAAAUUCUGGCUCUAACCAAUUCAGUAAAAAUAGUUCAACUAGCCAAAAUAGUUCAAAUAUAUUUUCAAAUUCUGGACAAGAAAGCGUAAAUGGAUCAUCUCAAUCGAUUUCAAGUGGAAUUGCUAAUAACAGUAUUGGAUCUGAUGGAGCAGGUCAUGAAAAUUCUGGUUUUGACCCACCUAGAAAUAGUACAAUCGACCAAAAUAACUCUAAUACAAUUUCAAAUUCUGGGCAAGAUAACAUAAAUAGAUCAUCUCAAUCGAUUUCAGGUGGAAUUUCUAAUAACAAUUUUGGAUCUAAUGCAGCGGGUCAUGAAAAUUCUGGUUUUGAUCCACCCAGAAAUAGUACAAUCAACCAAAGUAACUCUAAUAAAUUUUCAAAUUCUCGACAAGAGAGCGUAAACGCAUCAUCUCAAUUGAUUUCAGGUGGGAUUUCAUCGAAUGUAACCGGUCAUACAAAUUCUAGUUUUGGCCAAUCCAGUGGAAUUAACCAAAAUAGUUCCAAUAUCUAUUCAAAUUCUGGACAAGGAAGUGUAAAUAGUUCAGCCCCAUCUCUUCCAGAAGAAACUUCCAAGAAUAAUAACACAGGUUUCAAUAAUUCUGAAGUUAUUUCUGUUAACAGUUCAACAUCCUCUGGAGGAAGUACAUCAGUUUUAAAUACUAAUAAUGAAAAGUAUCAAACAGCACAAUUUGGAAUAUUAACUACAGCCGAAGAUAUAACAAUUUUAGUAUUGCUGUGCGGAAUUAUUGGAAUGUCAUUUGUAACAUUAAUAUUAUGGAAACGUAUCCGUAACGAGAACAUGGAACGGGUGAUAUACCCUGAAGAAACCGAAUUAGAGCCACAAACUUCAUCAGCUUCUGUUAAAUAUGCAUCAUUGUAUGCUGAAGAUAUGCUAAGUGGUUCCAGAGAAAGUUUCUAA